AUGGUGUACGACUUCAAUAUGGACAUGUUCCCAGUGAUCGAAUUUCCUGUGAAGUUGACAGACGAUUAUCUAGAUCGUGUCUGCUGGAAUCGCGUCUGUACACAGAUCCAAUACUGUUUGGAUGCAAACUGUCAUGUUCUUCUUGUGGCGGAAACAGAGUGGAUUGCUCGAAAAUACUGCGCAGCGAUCCAGGACGAAAGAAUGGUCAAUGCAUCUCUACUGUAUUGCUCAUCUGCAAUGAGCACAGAGCCUUUGCUCGGUCAGUAUGUAUUGGAUGAGGAACCUGGUUAUGAGAAUGACCAUUCGAUUCGAUUUAACGCAUCUGCAUUUGUCGAUGCUGCCUCAAAUGGUACUGUUUGCAAAAUGUUCUCAAUUGAUUUGCUUCCUUCCGCUGUCGCAAAUCGAAUCCUUCCGUUCUUAGAGAAAUCGAAUACGAAUCAAUCGAUGGAGAUAAAUCUUAUUGAAAGAAGGGAUGAUCCUACACUUGAACUCAGUCCUGAGUUUGUUGUGGUGGCUACAACCUCGGAGGAAGGACUCAAGUCAAUGAUGCCCGCUCUUCGUGGUCGUUUCGUCGUGAUUCAUGUAGGAAAAGAAAAGCCAAGUCGAUUCGAGAAGAAUGUAGAUAUAAGUGCAGAAGAAGUAUUCGAUUCUUAUAAAAACCUUGUUGAUGGAAAAGUAGCUGAUAUGAUUCAGAGAAAGAAGCUCUAUCGCUGUAUUAGUUAUCUCGAUUCUGUUGUGAAGAUGGAUAAAAUAGAAGAAAAAAUAGAUGACAUUGUGAACGAGCGACCACUGGAAUUCAUGAAACAUUUGGUGGAACAGAUACCGUGCAUGAAUCAACUCUUUUACAGCUUAUUGCAGAAUCGGGCAACUGUCUUGUACGGUCCGAAAUCAAGUGAAAAAUUAAGAGUUGUGGAAGAAUUAUUAAAGGACUGUAACAUGGAAUUAAAUACAAAAAUAGUGUAUUUGUCAAUAGACACGGACUUCUAUUCUUUGGUGGGAUUUACCGAUGCCGACGGAACGCAUCAUGAUGGGAUUUUAAAGUCAGUAAUAGAAAAGGGUGAAUUGCUCAUCUUUGAAAAUGCAGAAAAUCUUUCCAAUGAAUUGUUUGAAUGCCUGCAACCUAUACUCGAUGCUUUCGUAACCACUUUCUGGAAUGAAAAUGAAUCGUCCCUUAUUGAUGUUAAUUUCCGAGUUUUAUUUUUGGUUACAGGAAAUGAUCCCCUUCCUUUUUCGUUUCCUUCCUAUAUUCCACGUAUAAAAAUCGAUGAGAUGAAGAAAGAGACUGUGAAGAGUUUUUGUUGCGGAGAUGUGAAAGCAGAUACUCAAAGUAACAACGCUCCAAGUACUUCAAAUAAGGAUCCAUCUUAUUAUAAUAACGAUUUUAUAGGGCACUUUAUUGACUAUGCCUUCAACCAAAUACCUGUAUCAGAGUUUUUUACGUUUCGUGAUUUGUGCUUUGGAAACGAUGCGUUCAAGAUUUGCGUUGCUUUGUAUGCAGAUCGCAAAGAUAGAGCUCACUUGAUUGAAGGAAUGCUGGAGAGUUGGAAUACAAAUGACAUUACUCUAAAAGAACGAAUUCAGCACACUCUUGGUGCAUUGAGAUCUGUUGAAAUCCGUGUUGAGGCAUUUAACGAAAGUAGUUCAAAACUCUAUCGAGGUGAAUUUUUCACUAUUUGUGGUAUUGGUACUCCAAUUCUGGAGCAAGAAGAUUCUUCCUUGUUACGCACUCUUUUUUCAUUGAAUUCAAUUGGAUGGAAGAAUAGAGAAGUUCCUAUCCUGCUGGUGGGAGACAAUAAUGUUGUGUCCCAUAUCACAGAACUCCUUGAUUCUGGAAGAAUUCUAAUUGAUUGUCAGCGUUCCACAAGUUAUUCUGAAUUGGCUGGGAAGAACGAUUAUUUGUCUGGAAACUUGAUUAAUGCAAUUGAAUUUGGACUUGUUGAAUGA